AUGUCUUUGCUCCCCUUGCACUCUCGCCCGCCACUCUUAAUUUUAGUUCCGCCUAUCCGCUAUCUAACCAUUCGUCGAUCCACCCUGGUCCCACCCCAAGCAGUCGUCGCUCUGCCUCCACUCCUUGAUCUGCUUUCGCUAUCAGCUCUCAUUCUCUUAAUUCCCUCUCCUCUUUCUCCCCUCUAUCGCUCUCCUCUUUCUCCCCCUAUCGCUCUCCUCUUUCCCCCCUCUAUCGCUCUCUCCUCUUUCCCCCCUCAUCAUCGCUCUCCUCUUCCCCCCUCCUCUAUCGCUCUCCUCUUUCCCCCUCCUCUAUCGCUCUCCUCUUUCCCCCCCCCUCUAUCUCUCUCCUCUUUCCCCUCCUCUAUCGCUCUCCUCUUUCCCCCCCUCCUCUAUCCUCCUCUUCCCCCCCUCUAUCCUCUCCUCUUCCCCCCUCUUUCCCCCCCUAUCGCUCUCUCUUUCCCCCCCUCCAUCGCUCUCCUCUUUCCCCCCUUUCCCGCUCUCUUUGCUUUUUUCAAUUUUUAA